UAUACACACUCUGUUACGUUUGGGAUUUAAAUUCCUUACCUUUCUCACGUACACAACAGUCACAGACAACAAAAACACAUUCCAAUUAACGAAUUUAGCUUCUUCACUCUCUCUCUCUCUCUCUCUCUCAACUCUCAACCCUCAACCUCGUACCAUUCUCCGUUGCCCAUUUCUCUCCUUACAUUUGUCAAUCACAUAUCAGGUGCUUGACACUGCAUCAUCACAACAUAUGAAUCAGUACCACAAAAGGGUGUACAACAUGCACAUGUGUUUGUUAUUGGAAGAGAAAAGGAUUUGCUAAGAGUUUAUUGUGACAUAAAUUCAGUUGCUUUCCUUGUUAUGUCAGAAGCUUCAAGGAACACAGUCACCAGAUCGGAAUUAACUCGUAUAGGACCAGAUUACUUUGGUUACUAUACACGCGAAGUAGUAGAACUGUUGUCUCAAGAUGAUGAUAUUCUGCCUUCUGCUUCCCAAACAUCUAGUUUAUCUGGAAGAAAAUGUGGGGAGGUCGUGGGGAACAAUACAAUUGAGUAUAGGAACAAAUUUUCUGGUUCUUUAUUAACUAAUAGCAUAGGAGCUGGACUUUCAGAUUUCAAAAAAGAAGGAUUGAAGGCAUUGCUGCGGCAGAGUAUAUCUAUUCUUUCACCAGAAGUUGAUGAGAUGCUGGAUCCUGUUCUAGCUGUCUGUCGGUUAAAAUCUGAAGUAAGAAGGAGAAAGCGUCCAUUGAGUCAUACGAGUGCCACAUAUGACAGUGAUGCAGGGCAGGUUCCACAUAAGAAACUCAAGACUACAGAAGCCCCUAAGAAGAGUGCUGCUCUGGAGGGGUCUAAGGAGUUUCAUUUGGAAUCAAACAGAGGUUCUGAGGAAGACCACAGAGAGAUGGAUGACUUGCAGUUCUUUCUAGAGAAUGAUACCUUGGAGGUUGAGGAUACAGUGAACAAAUUUUCUGAUGAACUCUCUGCAAAAUUAGGCUACAUUGAGCAGCAGCUUGAGGAGCUUCUUGGUGCUAUAAUGUCCACGUGCAGACAGUUUUUGCAGCUUAGGCCAUGUCUUCUCUCCCUCUCUCUCUCUCUCUCUCUCUCUCUCUCUUCCCUAGGGGGCUAUGACUCUUACCGAGAAGCAACAGCUUCGUAAAUUGAUCCAGAAGCUACCACCAAAAAAUCUUGACCGUGUAGUGGAAAUCAUCCAACAUGGCAAGCUGGCAGAACCACAAUCACGUGAUGAAAUUUUUGUUGAUCUUGAAAAAGAGGUAAAUCAUGAAAAUGUUUAAUGAAAUAUAUUUAGAAUUUUUAAUUCUUCAUAAAAUGUCGUUGUUUUGCAGAAUAAUAUAACACUUUGGAGAUUGUACUACUAUAUUGGAGCAGUUGAAAAAGCUAGAAUGACUUAGCAGAAAAAAAAAAAAAAAAAAAGGCUAGGAUGCUUUCAAAGUAGUGUCAUGCCUUUAUGAGAUGAAUGGCCUACGUCUGCUCAGUCAGGGCCACAAUCUGUUGCUAAAUCAAUAGAGGAUCAGAUUAUUCCCACUGCCUUGAAGAAGCUGUAAAGGUUUUAACUGUCAUUGUGGCUCAGCAGGAUCACUUUGCAAGGUCUUUAGUGAAGUUUGUUAAUAUGUCUGUACACAAUUGCAUACAAAUCUAACCAGUUAAUAUGGUUAUUUGAGCACAAAGGGCAGGAAAGCAUUCUUUUGAUGUACUUCCGAAAUCCACCAAGAUUGAGUGAACUUCGGAUCGUAGUUUUGUGCUUCCUUUAGCACAUGGCUCCUUUAGGUAGAGCCUUGUUACAAUUCUUAAUUCAGGGCCCUUUGCCACGUAUUUCAGAAGUGCCAUUUGAACCAUCAUAUGAGUACAUGAUGCUGUAAAUGAGUGACCAAACUAACGGCAUUGGUUUUUUGUUAAAGUUUCUCUUUUUGGUUUC